AACGGCACGCUGUUCUCUUAUGUUAAAUUAAGAGGUUUUAACUAAGAAGACCUAGACGGAGCCAAAACCCUAAACCCUCUCCUCAGUCCUCACUCACACUCACAUUCGCGAUCUGCAAAAAGCUAUGAGCAAGGUGGGCUCAUCGCUGUACAGUCGUCUCCAUGGGAUCUUCAAAGGGUCUGCAAUCGCCACCGCUAAGUCCACAAAACCUAAACGCCAAACCAAACCCAGUAAAUUCCCUAGUAAAUUGAAGGCACCCACAGCAUCUUCCACCGCCGUAGUAGACGGAGUGGAGUCGUCAAACAACGCCAAGGAAUUGAAAACUUCGAAAUUGACGAAGAAAGUAGAGAAGUUCAAGAAAUCAUGCGAGUCAGAGAGUUUCCGGCAAGUCCAUGGACUCUACAGUGCGUUUAUCCGCCGUCUCAGGGAAGCGAAGAAGUUCUCAACGAUCGACGAAGUUCUUCAGUACCAGAAGAAGUUCGAUGACAUCAAGUCUGAAGAUUUCGUUAUCCGUAUGAUGCUUUUGUAUGGCUACUCAGGAAUGGCGGAGCAUGCACACAAGUUGUUCGAUGAAAUGCCUGAGCUAAACUGUGAACGUACUGUCAAGUCGUUCAAUACGCUUUUAUCGGCUUAUGUUAAUUCAGGGAAGCUUGAUGAGGCCAUGAAGGCUUUCAAGGAGUUGCCGGAGAAGCUAGGUAUUACCCCUGAUUUGGUUACUUAUAAUACUAUGAUCAAAGCACUUUGUCGUAAAGGCUCUAUGGAUAGUAUAUUAGCCAUCUUUGAGGAGCUGGAGAAGAAUGGGUUUGAGCCUGACUUGAUUACUUUCAACACACUGUUAGAAGAGUUGUAUAGGAGGGAGUUGUUUGUUGAAGGAGAUAGGAUUUGGGAUUUGAUGAAAUCCAAGAAUCUUGCUCCUAACAUCAGGAGUUAUAACUCCAGGGUGAGAGGUCUGACUCGGAACAAGAAGUUCACUGAUGCAAUUAACUUGAUCGAUGUUAUGAAAACUGAAGGGAUCGUCCCAGAUGUUCAUACAUACAAUGCUUUCAUCACGGCUUACCGCCUUGAUAACAACCUCGAGGAGGUUAUGAAAUGGUACAAUGAGAUAAAGGAGAAGGGUCUGACUCCUGAUACGGUGACUUACUGUUUGUUAAUCCCUCUUCUCUGCAAGAAAGGUGAUCUAGAUAGAGCGGUUGAGAUAUCUGAAGAGGCCAUCAAACACAAGCUUCUGUCUCGCCCCAACAUGUACAAACCCGUGGUUGAGCGUUUGAUGGGUGCAGGCAAGAUCGAUAAAGCAACACAGCUAGUGAAGAAUGGUAAGUUACAGAGUUACUUUCGGUACCUACCAGACGUGUCUGGUAAGAAGAAGGCCACUUCCAGUCCGGUCUCGUCAAGUCCGGAAACCUCUUCGAGUCCGUUAAGUCCGGAGACCAUUCUGUUGUCUUUAAGUCUGGAGACCUCUUCAAGUCCGGACUCCUCGAGCUCGGUCUCUUCAAAUCCGGACUCUUCCAGCUCGGUCUCUUCAAAUCGGCCGACUUCUUCGAGUGUGGACUCUUCCAGCUCGGACUCGGACUCUUCCAGUCCGUAUUCUUCCAGCUCGGGCUCUUCGGGUCUGCACUCUUCCAGCUCGGAUUCUUCCAGCUCGUACACUUCCAGCUCGGGCUCUUCGAGUCCCUACUCUUCCAGCUCAGUCUCUUCGUCUGGCUUGUUGGACGAUUAAGAGUGGUUGAUCAGCGUUUAGCAACUGGAAUGCGUGAUGAUGUUGGCCUCCUAUAUCUUGUUAUCACUUGUUUAGAUUUGGUAACCCAGUGGAAGCAUGGUUAUAUUGGUCUCUCUUGUGAUUUUGUUUUCAGUUUUUAUUUUUCGGAACGUUACUUUCCUUUCUAAAUGUUAAAGAUUUCUUUCUUUCUUUUGGGCAAAAAAUGUUAGAGAUUAUGUCUUGAAUAAAGUUUUAAAAUCUUCUUGA